AUGGAGGAUGGAGUAGCGAAAAUUAAACCGGAGUUUCUGGUUUCUCAUGGAACAAGCAAUAUCGGUGCGCAUUCGUUGACCAAGGAAGGAGGGAGGAACGUCAAUUUCGGCACCUCUAGUAACAGCUUGAGACAGCUUUGUAAUAGCAUCAUCCUCAAUAAGCAGUGUAAAAACCCAAAAUGUAAUGCAUACCAUGACUUGGAUGAAUUCUCUGUCUACUAUACUCCUCCUCAGACAUCCAUUUCGUGCCACUUUUUGAAAACGUAUGGAAAGUGCCCCUUCUCCGUUAAUUGCAUGUACGCAUCUUCUCACUUUCAGGAGUCGCUAGACGAUCUAUUUGCUAAAAAGUCUGUACCCACAAAGGAAGAGGUUGUCCCACUUUUAAACGCGUUCCCAGGGGCAACAUUGGCAGACCUUCGACGAGGUGAAUAUAGAAAGUUGGGAGAAAAGCGUUCUUCUGUCAUGCCAUCGACUUCAUUUACAAGUGCGUUCACCCGCUCAAAGUCGUCAUCAGAGCAAAAGCCGCUCAUGCUAGCUCCUAUGUGCACCGUUGGCACCAUUCCGUUUAGAAGACUUUGCAUCCACUACGGCUGCGAAAUUACUCUCUGCGAGAUGGUAUUCGCCAGAGACAUUCUUCAUGGAGAUGCACAGGAGCUUAGAAAAAUAAAGCGCCAUCCAGAUGAAAAAUGCUUCGGGAUUCAGCUAGCAGGGCGAGGGCAGGAACUUAUGGAGAUAGUCAACUUCAUUUCACAGUGCUGUUCGUGCGACUUCAUUGACCUCAACGCUGCUUGCCCACAGGAUAUCGCGACAAAGAAGUGCUGUGGUGCUGCACUUGCUGCCAAUCUAAAGAAGCUAGUCAGUUCUGUUGAUUGCAUGGUAAGAGGAGGGGAGCACUAUGGUGUCCCUGUAUUUCUUAAGAUUCGGGCAGGGGAUCUGCGCGGCGACUGGACAGGAGACUCUGUGGCACAGGCCUUAAGGCUAUCUGGUUUAUAUGGUUUAAGUGUCCAUCUGCGUACGGCAAAGCAGCGCUACUCUAAAUUAGCAAACUGGGACUACCUGGUAUCUAUGCGGCAUGCUUUGGAUAAUUGUGAAGAAAGUACAGCGCCUGAUCUAGAACCACAACUUAAGCACGAUAUCAGUAGUAGUACCACCAACAGGCCCAUUAUACGUACCCCUCCUUUGCUGGGAGGAAAUGGAGACAUAUUCGAUUAUACAGAUUUGCACCGUGACGACCAUUCAACAGUUGACUAUUAUCUUAUUGCACGAGGAGCACUUGUGAAACCGUGGAUUUUUCAAGAGAUCAAAGAAGGCCGUCGAAUAGACAUGUCGUCACAAUCGCGACUCGAAAUGCUGAAGCUUUUUGCAUCCUUCUGUUUAGAGUAUUACGGAUCUGACGCCCCUGGAGUUGAGAAGGCCAGAGCUCAAUUCUUAGAGAACUGGAGUUUUAUGUGCAGGUAUAUUCCCGUCGGUAUACUCGAUGAGCCACAGAAACUCAACCAACGGCCCCCGAUGUUCCGCGGCCGUGAUGAGCUAGAGACGCUAAUGGCUUCUCAAUCAGCCUCUGAUUGGGUCACCAUCUCCGAGAUGCUCUUUGGGCCUGUACCAGCGGGAUUUUCCUUUGUACCGAAACACAAAAGUCAUGGAUAUGUUUCCGAGUCUGUAAAUUAA